ACUCAUCCCGCUCUUCCUGUCUCGUAGGCCCAUUCCCAGCUCGGCACCGCUGCCGCCCGCAUCGUAUCCGCCGUCCGUCUUCCCGUCCGUCCCGCCGCUCUGCUAUUCCCGCCUCUGCCCUGCGAUACCUCACGAACCCGCUGCGCCUCGCCCUGCAUCCGCCCGCUGGCGACCUCCGCGCGCCCGCGCCCUCUGCCGCGCCACGCCCACCAUGUGCUGCCCGCGCACCGCAGUCUGAGCCACGCCCAGCCCGCUGCCGCCCGCCCGCGCCGCCGCCGCCAUGUCGGCGCCGUCUGCCGCGCCCGACGUCGAGACGACCAACUGGAACGCCGUCAAGCUGCUCGCCGCCAAGCACGGCAUCCACCUGCGGCCCUACGAGGAGCCGGCGAGCAGCACAGAGGCACAUGAUGGCGCCGUGACUGCUCAUGAUGCCGCCGAGGAGCAGGACCUCGGCGCCGGCACGCCGUUCCGCAUCACCGCCAAGCGCCUCGAGGGCGGCCGCAUCAUCUACCGCUUCAAGUACCGCGGCGACGCGCCGGCGGCCGCGCCCGCGCCCGCCGCGGCCAUGCCCAAGUCGCACUCCGAGACGGCCGGUCUCGCCAGCCUGGCGCAGCGCGGGCCCGAGGGCGCCGACGCGGCCGACGCCAAGCCGCGCAAGAACCUCAAGGGCAGCCGCAGCAUCCCGACGCUGCGCGCACUGCACCUGCUGGCUGCCGGCGCGGGCGCGUCGCGCACGCCAGACAUGCGCAGCACGCGCGUGGAGGAGGAGGAGCGCGAGGCUGGCUCGCAGGCGUCUGCGCCGGAUGCUGCAGAGAGCGGCAACGCCGACGCCCGGCGAGAGGCGCCACGCGCUCCCGGCCGCACGCCGCUGCUGCCCGUCUCGCGCGGCAUCAGCGACUCGCCCAUCGAGCUGCGCGCUCCGCCGCGCCGCGACGGCCGGCUGCAGGGCGGCGACGUGCUGGGUGCGAUCCUCGGUCUGCGCGAGGGCAUCGUGGACGCGCGCAGUCCGCGCAGCGGCACGUCGCAUUCGCGAGCCAGCUCGGACUCGGGCGCCGCGUCGAUGCCGUCGACGCGUCUGGCAGCCACGCCCUUUGGGCAGCACCUCGGCAUCAAUGGCGCGCCUGCGACGCCCAACGAGUUUGUCAGGUCGCCCAUCCCGCGCAUGCUCGAGCUCGGCGAGCCGCUGUUCGACGACAUGCCGGCCUUCUCGCCGUCGAGCCGGUCGCCGCAGCACAGCCAGGGCAGCUCGCCGCGGCGACGACGCCAGCAGGAAGGCGACUCGUUCAGCUCGAGCAUCCGCGAGCGCGUGCUGCGCGAGGCGCAGAGCUUCGAGAGCACCGACUCGGCCGCCACAGCGCGGGCAAGCGACGAGCAUGUGCGCCCCGGCGCACUGUCGUCAGGCGGAAAAUCUCGUGCCUGGGGCCCGCUUGACGACGACGAGCACGCCUUUGCGCGCUCCUCCGACCCCGAGACGCUCAUCUUCGAUGUGCUGCAGCACUACGCGCUCAGCAACGACGCACAAGGCUCCGCGAGCAGCUCUAACCGCUCGAGCCUGACGCCGUCCGUCGGUUCGGGCUCCUCGGGCCCCUCCACGGAAAGCACGAGCGAGCGGUCGGCACAGGAUGCGACGACGUCGGCCACGUGCGGCGACGACCCGCGGUUCGCGCUCUGGGCCGUCCGUGACCCCGAGAACAGCGAGGGCGGGCUCGUGCUGUGCGCUCGCAGUGGCCGCACGGCGCCGGCAGAGGUGCCUACAACAGGGCCUAGCUCCACGCCCCAGCCCGACGGCAAGCGACGCAGCACACGCGUCGCCGACGCGCCGAACAGGAACACCGCCCGUCCGCGGAGCGCCAGCCGGACGAGCAAGGUGCCGCCUCCGCCGUCGACGGUCUUUCCGCCGCCCGACCGAGCGUUCCUGAUCGCGGCGACGCCGACGCUCAUGGUCGCUGAGCUCACGUCUGAGAUCGACAAUCGCCUGCUCGCCGACUUCUUCUACACCUACCGCACCUUCAUCACGCCGUCGGCGCUGCUGCAGCUGCUCACGCUGCGCUUCCGCUGGGCGAUGACCGAGCGCGUCGAGCCGCGCGAGGAGGCCCGGCGGCGCAUCGUGCGCGUGCGCACCUACGUGGUGCUGAAGCACUGGCUGCUGCACUUCUUUGAGGUCGACUUCCUGCCCGACCGCCAGCUGCGCCAGCAGCUCACCGACUGGCUCAAUGCGCUCGGCGCGGACCCGCGCCUGGCUGCGCGGCCAGCAGACGCCAGCAUCGUGCGCAGCCUCAAGAACACGGUGCGCUCGCUCAAGGCGCAGUACCAGAGCAUGGGCAUGAGUGCGCUGUUGAUGCACGACGCCGGGCGGAGGCCGUCGUCUCACAGCGUGCAGCACCACCGCACCGCGAGCAGCAGCAGCGGCAGCGUCCACGACGCCGGCAGUCCGGCGAACACCAGUGUCAGCUCUGCCGGCACGCAGGAGCACGUCGAUCUGGACUUUAGCGACGCCAGCAGCGACGACGUGCGGCAGUCGCCCGCCUCGGGACGCCCCAGCGGCGCCGGCCAGCGCGGCAACGUGCAGCUGAACAUGGCAGCCGCGACGGCGCUGGGCUCGCCGAUCUCGCCGACUGUGGCGGGCAACAGCGCGCACCGGCACACGCUGGCUCCGAUGAUGCCGCAGGGCCCUGCGCCCGCGCCGCAGCAGCCUCCAACGCUGCCGUCGUCGCAAGGUGCCAUCUCGCGCGUCUUUGUCAACACUGUCGGGCGGAUAUCGCGCUUCAAGCGCGUGCUCGGCGCGCGGGGAGCGCACUCGGGCGCCUUUCCGGCUGUGCGCGAUACCGUCGGCUUUGAGGGUCUCGAGUUUGAGGCCAACGACAGCGGCGACCUGCUCUUCAUCCGCGGCGGGCUCGAGAACUUUAUCAACUUUUUUGGCCUGCGCUCCGACGACGAUGACGACUCUGGCGAGCUGCUCUCGUCGGAGGACGGCUCGCGGCCUGGCCACACGAGCAGCGACAGCGCCGGCUUGCACGAGUCCGAGACGAGUGCGCCGGCGCGCAGCACCCCGGCAUCGUCGCUGGAUCUCUCUCAGGGUGAGGCUGACAAGCUAUCUCCCGCGCACGAGGCCGGGCUGGGCAUCGAGGGUCUCGACAUCGCAGACGAGAGCCUGUUGGGCGCCACGAGCCAGGCACCUCUUGACGCCGCAAACUUGCACUCGCUCGAGCUAGAGCACAAGCAGCUUGAGCUGUCGAGCAAGAACGAGCUGCUGCACCACACGACGAGCGCGCAGACGCUGCGCUCCCAGUCGACUGCCGGCCCACCGGAGCGGGGGCCGCUUUCGGCCGAGGAGCGGCAGCCGACGAUUAUGUCGCGCGCCUUUGACGACGGACGCCUCAGCAUGAUGAGCUCAGCCUCGUCGAUGUCCGCGCGGCCGAACAUCGUGCAGAUCGACGACAUCACAGAUCUGUCCAGCGACGAGGACGACGGCGCUGUGCGCAGAGCCUUGCGACGCCUGCCUGGCGCGCGCGACCUGCGUAUGGCCAAGCAUGUCCACGAUCUCGAGCCUGAGCCCGCGCGCUCGAGCUUCGACACGCUGGCCAGCGGCUACGGCCGGCCGAUCGACGCACGGUCUGUCGCCUCGUUCAGCUCACACGGUCACGCCAGCUCGCUCGGGCACGGCAGCUAUGCGCCGUCGAUUAUCGCCAUGCAGCAGCAGCGUGCCGCCGACGCUGCCCUGCACCCGCAGGUGAUCGGCACGGUGACGACCGACCUGUUUGAUCCCGACGAGGCGCUCGUGGGCUACGAGCUCGUCAAGGGCUUCAAGCUCGACGACUUUGACAGCGACGAGGAGGAGGCUGGCGACAUUGAGGCGACGCUGCGGCGCCUCGAGGGCGUCAUCGACGAGGACAAGCAGCGGCAGAAGGCGCUGCGCGUCGAGAAGCUGUGGCUGGAAAGCUGCGCACGCAAGGCGCGCGAGGACGGCGACGCGCCGCCUGCCGAGCACCCGGCGGAUGCAGACGUGUCCGAUGCGGAGGUCGACUCUGUCGCGUCCGUGCGAGCGCUGGCGCCGGACUCGCUCAAUGCCGCGGCAUCGUCCGACUCGAAGACGGAGCUCGACGCCCUGCUCGACGCCGUCGCGGCAUCGAGCACGCGCGACACGCUUGCAGCCCAGCGGUCACAGCUGCCUGCUGUCAAGGACAGCGCUCCUCUGCCGCUCGGCUCGCCGACGCGCGUUGUGUCGCAAAGCGGGCGGCGCUCGACGGCCCGAGCACAGCAAACGCCGACACUCGGUGUGCCGCGCGGCGUGUUCCAGCUGCCGCCCGUGCACCACUCGUUCCUGCUGGGCGCGACGUCCGAGACGGUCGCGCGCCAGCUGUGCCUCAUCGAGGCGGAGCUCUUCAAGGCCGUCUCGUGGGAGGAGCUCGUGUCGAACGACUGGAAGGCCAACGUCGGCGAGGUGCUCGACUGGGAGAGCUUCUACCAGGCGCGCGUGCGGCGCAAGACCGAGGCGCGCCAGCGCGGCCAGCGCGUCGGCGAGGGCGCCGUCGAGGCCAUCGUCGCGCGCUUCAACCUGGCGUGCAACUGGGUCGCCAGCGAGAUCGUGCUCACGCAGAACGUCGACGAGCGUGCGGCCGUCGUGGCCAAGUUCAUCCGCGUGGCCUUUAAAUGCUACCAGCAGUCCAACUUUGCGUCGCUCGCGCAGAUCGUGUUCGGCCUGCAGUCGCCGUGGGUCGAGCGCCUGCGGCGCACGUGGGCCAAGGUCGGCAUGUGGGAGAUGCGCGUGCUGCGCGACCUCAAGUCGUUUACGAGCCCGCUGCGCAACUUCCGCCUCAUGCGCAACGCCAUGCGCGACAUGAUCCCUGAGGCGGGCAUCGACGACCCCAUCACGUUUGCCGGCACGCGCGGUGCGCCGGCCUCGAGCUACGGCGCAUCGGGCAACACGGCCAAGGGCACGGUCAGUGAGGGCUGCGUUCCGUUCUUUGGUCUCUUCAUCUCCGACCUCGCCGUCAAUGACCUGCUGCACUCCUUUGUCGACCCGUCGUGCCCCUCGGCGCCCGUGCCCGCGCACAAGGCGCUCAGCCGCGACAACAGCUUUGCCUUUACGCCUGCCGAGCCGCACGCCUUCGACCACCUGCCGCCGCUGCCCGCGGGCGUGCCGAUCCGGCCGCUCGUCAACGUGUACAAGGCGCGCACGACCGCGCUCAUCGUCAAGACGGUGCUGGCGUUCCAGCAGCGCGCCGGCCUGUACACGUACACCGCCGACGCCAACGUCUACGUCAAGACGCUCAAGAUCCGCUGCCUCGACGGCAACCAGAUGACCCAGAUCUCGCACAUUGCCGAGUCGUAAUGCCGCACGAAUGCCACGCCACCUCCAUCUAACCCCCUGCGCGCCCACGCGUCCCGGAGCCGCACCUCUACUUACCCGCCUGCUGCCUUCUCUGUCACCCGUGUCAAUCCAUCCCAUGCGCUAU